AACUCCGGCAAAGAUGAACUUCACAAAGUUAUUCAUUUUGGUAGCGAUCGCAGUGCUUGUAGUCGUUGGUGUGCAACCCGUAGAUGGUGCGCCCCGCUGGAAGUUUGGCAAGCGGUUGGAAAGACUUGGACGUAAUGUGUUCCGGGCGGCUAAGAAAGCGCUGCCUGUCAUUGCCGGAUAUAAAGCGCUUGGUUAAAUGGAGCGGUCCGGACCUGGAU